AUGUAUGAUCCCAAUGAUUAGAAAGAAAUUCUCUCUCAAAUUUUGGCUUAAGUUGAAGAUGUGGAUGAAAGAAUAUACUCUUUGAUACUUUAGAUGCACGGAAAACAGAAUAAUAAUAAUUGGAUGGGAUUUCUUUCAGAUAAUGAAAAUCUAAGACAUCUAGAAAAAGAGAUUUAACAAAAAGAGGAUUCAACUCAAGAAGAAAAAGAACAAAGGAUGGAUGUUAUGAGAAAUAACUUAAAACUAAUUCUUAAUGUCAUUGUAAAAAUUAAAGAUCAUGAUUUUAAUAAAUAAGACUAUUGUGAUUAAAGAUAUUUGGAACAGAGACAGAAUCUAAUAGAAAGAAUAAGAGAAUAAAAAGGGAUCAUCAGAUUUCUGAAAUUCUUAGUUCACCUCACAGCCUAUGAUGAAUACUUAAUAUAAUGUGGAACAAACUCACUAAAUUUAUUAGUGAGUAUGAAAGUCGACAUUAGAAGUUAAAAUUUUGAAAACAUCAGAAUUAAGAAUACUUCUUUAUUGGGAGCUAAUUUUGCUAGAUGCAAUUUAAGUGGAUCAUAACUUGAUAAUGUAGACAUAAAUGGAAUGAAUUUAAAUGGAGCUUUACUGCUUAAUUGUAGGUGGACCAACAUUAAAAAAGAAGGUGAGAUAUAUGAAUUAAAUGGCCAUACUAAUAUAGUAAAUUUUGUAUGCUUCUCUCCUGAUGGAAAUAUAUUAGCAUCUGGUAGCACAGAUGAGUCUAUCCGUUUAUGGGAUGUUAAGACAGGACAAUUAAAGAACAUAUUGGAUUGUAGUAGUGGAACAGUCAAGUCACUAUGCUUCUCUCCUGAUGGUACUACAUUAGCAUCUGGUAGUUAUGGAAGAAUUGGUUUAUGGGAUGUUAAGACAGGACAAUUAAAGAACGUUUUGGAUUGUCGUAGAGGAAUAGUCUUAUCAGUAUGGUUCUCUCCUGAUGGUACUACUUUAGCAUCUGGUAGUACUGAUAAGUCUAUCUGUUUAUGGGAUGUUUAGACAGGAUAAUAAAAGGCCAAAUUCAUAGUGGUUAUGUUUAUUCAUUAUGCUUCUCUCCUGAUGGUACUACAUUAGCAUCUGGUAGAGCUGAUAAGUCUAUCCGGUUAUGGAAUGUUAAAACAGGAUAAUUAAAGAACAAAUUGGAUGGUCAUAGGAAUUCAAUCAACUCAGUAUGCUUCUCACCUGACGAUGCUAUAUUAGCAUCUUGUAGUAGUGAUAACUCUAUCCGUUUAUGGAAUCUUGAGACAGGAUUAUAAAAGACCAAAUUUGAUGGUUAUCGUAGUUUCAUUCUAUCAGUAUGCUUCUCUCCUCAUGAUACUAGAUUUACAUCUGAUAGUAGUGAUAACUCUAUUUGUUUAUGGGAUGGAAAAUCAGGAAAAGAAAUUCAAUCUUAAGAUAAAAAUUAUAAAUAUUUUUGAUAAAAAUUAAAAUCAUUUUGGUUUUGGAAUUUAAUAAUAAAUAAUUUAUGGAUAAUCAAAUAAUUUAAUUUACUAAUAAUAAUCAAAUCCAAUUUAGAUAGAAUUUAAUAAUUAUUUGAAUUAACUCCAACUGAUUAAACCUUAUCAUAAAUAAAAAUUUACCAUGGAAUUAAAUUAAAUCAGAAUGAUAAAUUAUUGGUAAUAAAAAGUGAAUACUAAAUUGAUUUUAUAUCUCUUUUAAGGUAAAAAAUUUUGCUACAGCUAUAAGCUAUUUCUUUAGCAUCUCAAAUGA